AUGAGUGGGAACGUUGGUGUGGAGAGUUUAUUGGAUGGCUCGAUCAUACAUCAGAGCACGUCGUCACUGAAUGAGUACAAAACGGCUGUGAUCGAUGUGCAAGGAAUGACGUGUCAUUCGUGUGUGAAUAAUAUCCAGGAUAAUAUACGAUCCAAGGACGGUAUCAAAUCGAUCGUCGUUUCACUGCAAAACUGUGAAGAUAAUUUGGUGUCAGCUGAAAGCGAUAAUCCGAAGUAUCGCGAAGCCAUAAUCGACAUUCAAGGAAUGACUUGUCAUUCAUGCGUUAAUAACAUCCAAGAUAAUAUGAGUUCCAAAGAUGGUAUCCAGUCUAUUGUUGUUUCGCUGAAAGAUUGCGAAGGUGUGUGA